AUGUCCUCUGUCAUACUAGACAGUGAAGCAUCAUUCCGUGAAAGAUGCAGUAAAAUAGGCCUCAGCAACGAUCUUCUGAGUCGUUUGAUUGAUGCUGGUUACAACACAUUUGGAAAACUGGCUUUCGCCGCAUCGGCGACGCCGCAGGGCCUAACAGACGAAGCUGUCGAUGCGUGGCUAGCCACCGUAGUCACCCCGGCACCCAGCUCCUUUCAGGUCUCGGUGAUUCGUAGGCUGCUUUUCGAGUCGCAAUCACUCAAUGUGGCGGACCUCAAAUCUAGGGUCGAAGGCACGCCGGAAGGCUCAGUGCGACGCCUGCCCCAAGCCGAGAGAAAGGAGCGCAUUGAGGCGCAGCAUCGUAGGCUGUCGGGUCUCAUUCUAACUUCUCAUACCACCCCGGCCCAUAGCUGUAUCGACCUUGUGACUGACAUGUACGAGAAUAAUACACUCAAGUACAUUCCGAUCAACAGAUGGAUAUCCCGCUUCCAAGAGAUGUCUCUCCAGAAGAAGGAUUCUGCCGUUCAGAUGGACAACGAGGGCAACCUAAAGGUGAUUCAGAAGAAGCCGGAGCCGACGUGCGACACCACAGGCAUGUACCCUCUCCGGCAGGCUUUUCAGAGACGGUCACUAGCAUUUGAUCUGGGUCACUUGUGCAGCUUUGAAGCUAUGGAAACUUGGAUCAACAAGCUCUUCGAAGCAGUUCAGCGUACUGUGCCGGAGGGAUAUGUGGCAGUUAGCUUGGUGCAAGUUGUUACGGCAGAUCGUGAGCUUUUUGUCCGGUUGGCCGACAUGCUUGAAGGACAAUUGCAGAAACCCAUAGGUGUUGAGAAACCCAUGGAUGCAGCUUUGCGCGAUCUAUCGGGUAGCCAGGAGAUAACUCAGUUUCUUCAGCCGCUUGUAGCUCCUCCUGCACCUCACCCAACUAAGCGCCCUUUCAAGGAGCUUGCCACGCCUAACAAAGGUGACGGAAAGGGUAAGACAUCCACCAAGGGCGGUGAAAAGGGCGGUGGCAAGGCACCCCGUGGGCCUGACCUCGUGGCCACUUCGGACUCUGCCCCUAGUGAUGCUGAAGCCCUCGCGCAGGCCAUUUUGGCCAGAGGGUCAGGGAUUACUAAGCGAGAUGUUGUUCAGAUUUUCGAUCUUUUGCCCAAGGAGAUUCCUUCUAGAGGAGCCUCCUCGCAGCCUCCUAGCAGUUUCAGUUGUGGGGCAUACGCAAAGGGUGGAUUACAGGGUCUUCGGAGUGAAUGUGCGCUGUUUCCAUUCUGCGUCAAGCUCUUCACUACUUUUGUUCGCACUUUCUUGCCAGAUCAUUUCUUCACGACUAUCAGUCUGUUUCACAACACUAAAACCGAUUUGCGUGUUGAUUCCAGGAACCAUCAUACCCCUAACGGGGUCAUAGCCGUGACAUCUUUUCAGGGAGGUGGCAUCUGGAUUGCAGAUGGAUGCGGACCUCACACACGGUCAAUCAAAGGUGACAUCGUAAAAGGCCCAAUGCUUAGCCUCGAGUCCCCUGUCACUUUCGAUGCCUUCAAAUACCCUCACGAGACUGAAAGCUGGGUUGGCGAUCGAUUGGUUUGCGUGGCCUUCACUGUCGCGAGCCUUGAGAAAAUCUCAACUGAGUCAGCAAGGACCCUGCUUAAUCUCGGGUUUAGGCCCCCGCCUGAUCUCUCCUUUCCCAUUCCUGUGACUACUCCUGGGUUUACGAGCUUUUCGCUGGCACUUGAUCUGACCUUAGAUGCAGCACAGGCAAUCUUUUGGGAUCUCAUUAAGGAGUGCCCUCCUUUUCACAUGCAUGCAUCGCCCCCUGCGGGCACGGCUUCUCGCUCUCGCGAGCGCCCCCUGCCAAAGAACCAUGCCCUUGCCUCUAAGGCCCCUAAACCUCUGCGGUCCGAUGACUUCCCGUUAGGUCUGCCGUCAUUGAGUGCCGCGUCUCAGCAGAGCCUUGCAGUGCGUAAAGACAACGUCCUGUACCGUUUCGUCUACAAGCUUCUCCUUCAUUGUUCUGCUUCGGGUAUCAAUGUCAGCGUUGAGAAUCCUCGGAAUUCGUUGUUCUGGAAGGUUCUUCAAUGCUUUGCUGAGGCCGAGGGCUUGCUUUGGCUUCCCGCUGCCUUGGAAUACUUUGAUUUCGACCAGUGUUGUCAUGGUUCCGAUCGACCGAAGUCAACUCGUUUCUUGUGCACUCGAGGCUUGUUCACCUCGCUUCGAGCUACUUGCCCAGGCAAUCACACACACCGCCCGUGGGGCUUCGUGUUCCAUGAGCGUUCUAUGCAGCUGUCAUCUUCUCUUGUGUCGGCUUACCCAGUUCUGCUUUGCAAGCGUAUGGCCUCCUGUCUGGAGAGCGCGGCUUCUUUCAUGGGUUUGUCUUUGCAAGCAUCUCCUGACUUGGCAGCCAGCUCCGUUGCUGUUCUUGGUCGGCAGCAUCGCCGCUUCCCUCCUUUGAUUCCUGAGUUCCGCAAGGUUGCUGGGGAGGAUAGCGGGAGAGAGAAGGCAGCCGAAGACAGCCAUGCAGUUGACAAUGUAGCUGUGUCUGACGGAUGGGUUGCUAGUGAUAAAGCGGUAUACCCUCCUGCUAAGCUCCCUAGGGUUUCGGAUGAGGCUUCCAGCAAGGUUCCCCCCUCUGGUUUCCUUAAGAGUUCCGAUCCGCCCAAAGGCUCGGUCAAGGUGGGGUGGUACUUGUCAAUGCAGGAUCAUGUUGCGAAGGCCUUGACGCUAAAGCAUCCCGUCGACACUGCCGUAGCCCUUGAUCAGGAUCAGCUCGAUGCAAUCAGCUUCUGCAUGAAAAACACUGAGAAAGAGGUGGUCGAUCAUCGAAAGCUUCAACUUAUGAAGAUAAAGAUCCUUGCCAAAAAGUUCGAGGCCGACGAGGCUCGAUUACAUUCUUCGUUCGACCCUUGGUUCGAAAAGGUUGUGGCGGGAAAGCGUCUUCUUCUGUGGAAGCAUCUUCUUGAGCAGAACGGUUUUGACGACAUGCAAGUUUGCGAUUUCAUGAUGUCAGGCGUCCCGAUUGUCGGGCAGUCAGCCUGCCCUCAGCCUUUCAGCCGAAAGAUUGUGCCGGCUACCAUGUCGGAACAGGAUCUCAAGCGUACUGCUUCGUUCCGCCGAAAGGUGAUGAUUGGAUCCAGUGGCACGCAGGCAGCCGACCUUCAAGAGUUGCUGUCGAAGGCUACUAUGGACGAAGAUCAGUUCUUCAUUGCAAAUUCGCUGCUCUUCGGUCUUACUGCUUCGGUUUAUGGGUUCGUGCGCACGAGCAGAAGCCUUCACAAACUGCUGCUGAAGAUAUUCAAGCUGCCCAGCUCAGUGUACUUUGAUGACUACCCGAUGUUUUCGACGUCGCUUUCUUCCAGUGACACUGAUGGCAUCAUCAGCGAAUUCUUAGACAUUCUGGGCUGGGGCCACGCCAAGACAGGCAGCAAAUCACAUCCUUUCGCGGAGGUUUUCUCCGUCUUGGGAAUGCAGAUUGACUUGAGCAACUUGUCGAAGAGAAGCGUCGUCCUCUCGAACAAACCUGGCAGGAUCGAUCGGAUCGUGGAGAAGCUUGAAUCUGUGGCUGCUUCUGGUUUCCUUACGGUUCAUCAGGCUAAGAUUUUGCUGGGCUUGCUCAACUUUUCAUCUGGUUUCUUUGCCGGUCGUGCCCUCAAGCACUCGUGCAAAUGGCUAUCUGGUUUUCUAGCUGGAGACAGGCCUUCGCCAAAGACCGUCAGCGAGAUGUGCAAGCACACGAUCAAAAUUCUUGUGAGCACGCCGCCCCGCUUCAUAAGUUGCGAUUCGACAGGAGAGCCUCCUAUCCUGGUGUGGACUGAUGGAGCUUGGGAGCCUGCCAAAGCCUUCGCCGGGAUCGGUGCAGUGAUUCUUGAUGCGAGCAGCGGCGUUUCCAGAGUUUUCCAAGGACAGGUCCCUGAGCGCCUAGUGGUUCGCUGGCGAGAGGAGGUCGGGGAGCAAAUCAUCUGUGAGGUAGAGCUUUAUGCCCUCUUGAUGAUCAGGGCCUGCCUUCAGAAUUUUCUUUCAGGAAAGAGAAUCAUUUUCUUCAUUGACAACGAUGCCGCUAGAUCUGUGGUAUUGCGUGGUCAAAGCAGAAGUGACGCGAUGCAUCGCUUGGCCCUGGCCUUGUCUAUGGUCGAGGCCGUCGCCCCUUGCAUCUCGUGGAUAGAGAGGGUGCCAUCCUCUUCGAACAUCGCCGAGUGGCCCUCCAAGCGCCACGAGCGGCUCAAACCUAGGGGUGGGUUGUAG